UUGGUUGGUCCCCUUCUUCAUCUUCUUUUCUAUCUCGCAUCUUUCCACAUUCAAGGGGCAAGGUCUGAGAGGAUGAGCAGUGUUGGUGAUCAGUCUUCAAAGAAAAUUGAAAACAUAGUCCUCGUAGGCCGUACAGGGAAUGGAAAAAGUGCGACCGCGAACAGCCUUAUUGGAAAAAAGGUGUUCAAGUCCAAAGCAAGUGCAGCCGGUGUUACCAAGGAAUGUCUGCCAGCUGAAACUCUGACAGUAGAUAAUCACAAAAUCAAAGUGAUCGAUACUCCAGGCCUGUUUGACAUGUCGAUGGCCGCUAACUUUAUAAUUAAAGAAAUCAUUAAAUGCCUAACGUUAGCGGAAGGAGGGAUAGAUGCUGUGCUCUUAGUUUUUUCUGCAAGGGCUCCAAUUACACGUGAGGAAGAGAAAACACUUCAGACCUUGAAGGAUCUAUUUGGCAGUCAAAUCAUUGAUCAUGUUGUCAUCGUUUUCACGGGCGGUGAUGUGCUGGAAGAGAACAAGGAGACAUUGGACGACUUUUUGGCUAGAGAUUGCCCUGAGUACAUAAAGGAAGUUAUAAAGUUGGCUGGUAACCGAAUGGUUCUAUUCGAUAACAAGACUGAUGAUGAACACAAGAAGGCAGCACAAGUCCAUGAGCUUCUCUCUUUGAUAGAUAAAAUGCGAACGAACAACGGUGGAGCAGCAUAUACGGAUGACUUGUACCACAAGAUAAAGGCAGAGCUCGACGAACUACGUCAGAAAGAGAAAGACUUGGAAGCAGGGGCAAAAGAUUCGAUAUCAAAGAUAAAGGAGGAGUUACAAGCAGAAUUUCAAGAGAAAAUGAACAAAAUGACAGCCGAGAUGAAGAAGAAGAUGGGUGAUGCUUUAGAGAGGCAGAAGAAAGAGUUUAAGGAAGAAGAGGAAAAAAUAAUUGAGAUAAACGAACGUUUUAUAAAAGAUUUGCCACCGCCUAAGCUUAAUGUGAUUUGCAACAUCUUAUGAACGAAUGUCUUUUAUUUUACAAAUGUUGGGCCUUAUGAAGAUCAGUAUGGAAGCAAUAUUCGAUUGCUAUGUGAAGAUACAAAUUUUCAAUUGCUUUCCGUUGUUCCUUUUUUUUCCUAAUUUUACUUUCUUAUUUUACUCUGCUUUAAUAUAUUUCUUUGUCAAAAGAGAUUUGUGGUUUCUCUGUGUUGAUUUCCAGUUUUUAUGCUUGUUUCCAUGUUUCCAUGGGUGUAUCACA